GGGGAGGGCAGGCGGGCAAGCAGGGCGGGCAGGGCAAGCAGGGCGGGCAGGCGGGCAGGGCGGGCGCCCCCGGCGAGGUGCGGGCGCGCAAACUGCGCGGCGCUACGCGGGGCCGUUGUUGAUGAUGAUUUUUUUUUUUUUUUUAAUCACAGCAGCCCCAGUUUAGCGGAUUGAUUUACUCGCAGUAUUGGUAAAUAUGAUCACGUGGGCUCCGCAACCAAUGGUUGAGGGUUGCAGUCUGCAAAAUACUACGAUUGUUCUCCGGGAGGGUAUCAUAUACAGUUAACAGUGUAACCUUUUAUAUGACUAAGAGGGGAGCCUAAAAUGUCGUCUAGUGGCACCAUAAGUAACUACUAUGUCGAUUCUCUCAUAGGCCAUGAAAGCGAAGAAGUUUACGGGAGUAGAUUCGUCCAGGGAGGUCACAGUGCGACCUCCAGGCCAUCAGGUGUUGCAGAGAGUUCAGAUUUUUCCUCCUGUAGCUUUGCACCAAAAUCCACCGUGUUCUCCACCUCCUGGUCCACGGUUCACCCUCAGCCGUCAGCGGCAAUGACCGGGAUCUACCACCCCUACAUGCACCAGCCCCACUUAGGGGCAGCCGACGCCGGCCGCUACGUGCGCUCAUGGAUUGAGCCCUUCCCGGGCUUCCCGGGCGGCGGCGGCGGCGGCGGCGGCGGCUCCGCGUCCAGCUCCGGCUCCUCCAACGGGCGCCACUACGGGAUAAAGCCGGAGACAGGAGCAGCCGCCUCCUCGUCUUCCUCCUCCUCCUCGUCUUCCUCCAAAAGGACUGAGUGCUCCUCGUCCCGGGAGUCCCAGGGGAUCGUUGUGCCCGAGUACACGUGCGGCUCCUUCCUCCAGGAGCCCCGGGAGAAGGCGGCUGCGGGCAGCUCCAAGGACCCCGCCGCCUGCAGCCACAACCCCAGCCCGAGCAGCGAUCUGAAGGAGGAGAAACAGCAGCAACUUGACCCAAAUAACCCUGCAGCAAACUGGAUCCACGCUCGUUCAACGAGGAAAAAGCGUUGUCCCUACACAAAGUAUCAAACUCUGGAACUGGAAAAAGAAUUUCUCUUUAACAUGUACCUCACUCGAGACCGCCGUUACGAAGUAGCUAGGAUUUUAAAUCUCACAGAGAGACAGGUCAAAAUCUGGUUUCAGAACAGAAGAAUGAAAAUGAAAAAGAUGAACAAGGAGAAAGGCAAUAAAGGAGACUAAUGCUGGGGUAGAAACGUAGUUGGGAAAUAUUGAUUUAGUUCUGAGUUUGGGGCUUUUGGGUUUUGUUUUGGGUUGUUGGUUUUGGUUUUUUUUUGGUUGGUUUUAUUCCUUCCUUGCCCUCUCAACCCCCCCCCCCCACGUUUCUCUUCCUCCCUUCC